AUGCUACACACAGGUGCAAAGCAACAGAAAACGAAAACCAAAAUUCGUCCCCCUAGGAAGUCGGGCUCAAAAACCGAGGUCAAUCCAGAGGAAUCGUGGAAACUACUCUCAACUGCGAUUCAUGACAUUCAAAAUAAAAACGCCUCAAAAUGGUCGUUUGAACAACUAUACAGAAUAGCCUAUAAUCUGGUGAUCUCCAAGAAUGGUAAGUUUUUAUAUCAGCAUGUACGUGACGAAAUCGUUGAUCAUUUAGAAAAAAACGUUAGAGGUAUAAUUGAGGAACUCUUGAUCACUCAACACUCAAAUGAGCAAGAAAUUGAUAAGUUUGAAGCUGCUAAGAUCAUUAAUUCAUUCAAUUCUAUAUGGGACGAUCAUUUGAUUUCCAUUUGGUUGAUCAGCCAAGUAGUAAUGUACAUGGAUCGUACUUUUACAAAAGAAAAUCAGUUACCGCUAAUCUACGAUGUUGGUCUGCUUGUUUUCCAGAACUCAAUAGUGAUGCAUGAACUAGAUCAUAAUAACACGACAAUUGGUGAACAACUAAUCAAUGUGUUCAUAAAUUACUUUAAUCUAAAUAGGAAUGGUGACAUAAUUGAUAAAUUUAUGUUGAAAUCCACGAUUAGUAUCUUUGAGUCAUUAUCAGAUCCGGAAGGUAACACUUACUAUUCCAAGUUUUUUGAACCUGAGUUGUUGCGUUCCUCUCAUGAAUAUUAUGCAAAGAAAGUCAAAGAGUUGCUGGAUUAUCAAAGUGGUACUAUUUACGUCACAAAAGUUAUUGAUUUGAUCAACGAUGAACUUGCUAGGUUUCAAAUUUUCAUUCCUGAUCAGACAACCAAUAAACUAAAGGACUUGAUGUACACCGAUUUGGUAUUUUUGAAUAUCAAACAUAUUCUAAAACUUGAAAAUGAUGGACUACAGAAGUGGAUUGAGACUAGGGACUAUGAUUUACUUGGAAAGGUCUAUAAAUUAACUUCACGAACGGAAUCAACUAAGGACAUUUUCAAAGAAUGCCUGAAAACUAUCAUCAUCAAAAAGGGUGAACACUUAAAGGAAAUAUCUAAAAUUCAAACAAAUGAAAGCCAAACGACAAAUAUAGAUAUUGAUGAAAAGAAGAAAAAGUCCAAAAAAUCAAAUAAGGAACUAAACACACUCUUUGCUAUUAAUUAUAUCAGGAAUUUUAUUAUUGCCAAAUCUAAUUAUGAUCUGAUUAUAAUUAAGUCGCUUGAUGGGGAUAUUGAAAUGCACAAAGAGGUGGAGCAGGCCUGUUCCACAUUUCUGAAUGAAAAUAAUAGAGUUCAGGAAUAUUUAUCUUUAUUUAUUGAUGACUGCAUCAAAAAAUCACUGAAAGACAAAUCGCAUAAGGAAGUUGACGAAAUAUUCAAUGAAUCUAUAAGUAUAUUCAGGUAUAUCAAGGAUAAAGACAUUUUUGAAAAAUAUUAUAAAAAUCACCUUGCAAAAAGACUUUUGAAUAAUAAAUCUAUAUCUAAUGAACUUGAGUUGAUGAUGAUUAACAGGUUAAAAACAGAGGCAGGGUCAAGUUUUACCACCAAGUUAGAGGGAAUGGUCAAAGAUAUCAAAACUUCCGAAGACAUUACAAAAAUGUAUGAGCAAAGCAUCGCAAAUACCUCUCUAUUAUCAGACCUAGCGAGAAUGAACGGUGGGCGAGAAUUUGAAGUUGAUUAUUCCAUUCUUACCCCAAAUAACUGGCCAAUACCAGUUAAUAAAACUAUGCAGGAUAUUGAUUAUGUUCCAGCAUUGGAUAUUGCCAAAGCUUCUUUUGAAAAGUUUUAUCACAGCACCUACAAUGGUAGAAAUUUAACUUGGGCUCCAAAUAUGUGUACAAUUGAUUUAAAGAUGAACUUUCCUAGUAAAUCCUACCUAAUUAAUAUGCCUACUCUAGCAGCUUUUAUUAUCUUAACAUGUUUUAAUGAUGACGACACAGAAGAUGGUACUAAAUCUCUUACUUUUGAGGAAAUAAAAGGUAAAACCAAGAUACCAGAACAAGAUUUAGUUCGCCACUUACAAAGCAUUGCAGUUGCACCUAAGACGAGAAUUUUAAAAAAGGUACCAAUGUCGAGGGACAUUCGGCCAACAGAUAGCUUUAGUUUAAACUUAGAGUUCAAGAGCCCACAGACAAAAUUCAAAAUACUUGCCGUGUCUGUGUCAUCGUCCUCUAAAAACUCCGGCGGAAAAUUGGAUGCAACAAGCUCAACAUCUAAAGUUGAAAGUGAAGCUGAGCAUGUUGAGACACUGGCCUCUGUCCAAAAAUCUCGUGAACUUGAAGUCGACGCCGCAAUUGUCAGAAUAAUGAAGGCACGUAAAUCGGCCAAAUAUCAAGUCUUAGUCACCGACGUGGUUAGAAUAAUUGGUGACGUCAGCAAGAGGUUUAGACCUCAGCCUUCGUUAGUGAAAAGUAGAAUUGAGGAAUUGGUAGAGAAGGAAUAUUUGCGUCGUGAUGCAGAUGACAGAGAAUUGUUUUGGUACGUAGCUUAG